GAGUCCCAGGUGAACCCAGAACCCGGGCUCGCAUUGGAGACGGAAUAACUGAGUCUGCUGUGGGCUUCGGCCUGUAGUAGAGAAGCCCAGAUUGUUCGGUUGUGUCCUAGAAUACGAGGGCAAUAGGAGGGUUGGGGGAGGGAGGGAGACGAGUAGGAGGUGUGGCUGCAGAAGUGAGGCAGAAGUGGAGUUGAGGGGCCAGCAACCACGAGACCAGCGUGGGCGCUAAAGAAGUGCCUUCUUCAGUUGGCCGGGCAACUUGUAAAACGUGUAAAUGUCUGAUCGGUUGACAAAGUCAAGCCAGUUUCUUUGCUUGGCAGCACUUUCUUGUAAACCAAUAACUAAGACAGCCCUAACCUAACCGGAACCACACCCUCUCUACAGAUUGCUGGUCCUCCCAGGAGACCCCUUAGCAGCCUGGCCUUGGAAUGGCUGGAUCAGGUUCAUGCACUGAUUCAUCCAGCUAAGUUCUGUGGAAAUCCAGAAGGUGCUGAGAGCUCAACGAGGCGUAGUCCUUAAUCCAGCUCUCUGAUGCCAGAGCAGAGAUGACCUCCAUCUUGCGAAGUCCCCAGGCUCUCCAGCUCACGCUAGCCCUGAUCAAGCCUGAUGCAGUUGCCCACCCACUGAUCCUGGAGGCUGUUCAUCAGCAGAUUCUGAGCAACAAGUUCCUCAUUGUACGAACGAGGGAACUGCAGUGGAAGCUGGAGGACUGCCGGAGGUUUUACCGAGAGCAUGAAGGGCGUUUUUUCUAUCAGCGGCUGGUGGAGUUCAUGACAAGUGGGCCAAUCCGAGCCUAUAUCCUUGCCCACAAAGAUGCCAUCCAACUUUGGAGGACACUGAUGGGACCCACCAGAGUAUUUCGAGCACGCUAUAUAGCCCCAGAUUCAAUCCGUGGAAGUUUGGGCCUCACUGACACCCGAAAUACUACCCAUGGCUCAGACUCCGUGGUUUCUGCCAGCAGAGAAAUUGCAGCCUUCUUCCCUGACUUCAGUGAACAGCGCUGGUAUGAGGAGGAGGAACCCCAGCUGCGAUGUGGUCCUGUGCACUACAGUCCAGAGGAAGGCAUCCACUGUGCAGCUGAAACAGGAGGCCACAAACAACCUAACAAAGCCUAGUAAACCCAGCCGAGUAAAGUCCCAAGGACUGGUCGCAGUGUUCAGCCCUUCCUCCUAAGAUCAGGGAAGAUGGUCUGAAGGCACUGUCCCUGUUGGACCCCUCCACGAGCUGGCAGGUCUAGCCGACCACAGCUCAGCUGCUGCAGUCCAGUUCUAUCUACCUCUUCCGGGGAGUAUUCAUGGGUGUUCAGGAAGGAUGGUGACGCCUCUUUUUACAAAGGACUACUAUCUUCCUUCCUCAAGAAAGAGCCCGCCUGUUGACUAGUCAGGAAAAUGCAGUGCCUGGGUAACUAGCAUCCGACCAGGCUUCCAUAAUAAACUCUGUGCUUCUGAAUGCUCCA